UUAGGGGCGUGGCCUUGUGGGCAGCCGGAAGAAGUUACCUGUUGACUCGUUCUUUGCAUCCUUUUCCCAACUCUGCAGCUCCUCGUAACCGGGAAGCCGCUGAUCAUAAACCUCUUCCGGUAAAGAGACCCAUUGACGGACAGUGUCUACGGUAUUCAUCUCGGCCUCUGGAAGAGAGAAUAGGAGCGACUUUUCGGAAGCAAAGAACAGCCCAUUCUUUCUCUCGUCCGUGUUUUCCCUAUCCCAAAACGAUAGAACCGCAUGGCUUCCGCGGUCUGGGGAAGUGCUCCCUGGUGGGGCCCGCCGCCCCCAGCGCCAGCCCGGCCGCUCACGGACAUCGACUUCUGCUCCGGGGCGCAGUUGCAGGAACUAACCCAGCUGAUCGAGGAGCUGGGCGUGCAGGAGAGCUGGACUGACGGGUCCAAGCCGGGACCAGACCUCCUCCAGGCCAAGGACUUUGUCUUUUCCUUGCUUGGUCUUGUUCACCGCCGGGACCCCCGCUUUCCUCCCCAGGCGGAACUUCUGCUGCUUCGUGGCGGGAUUCGCGAGGGCUCUCUGGAUCUGGGGCCUGCUCCCUUAGGGCCCUACGCUCGCGGACCUCACUACGACGCUGGCUUCACACUCCUGGUGCCGGUGGUUUCGGUAGACGGCACUGGUCAGGAGCUGCAACUGGACGUGGAAUCCUGUUCUGCGUGGCUCUGCCUCCCAGAGCAAAUACGCGGAACCUCGGUCCGAGAGGCAUGGCAGGAUUGCCUAGGACCUCCAGUCUCACGAAGACGUGAUUCGAUCCACCCAACAGAAAGUGAAGGAUGUCUCAAGGACCAACAAAGGUCCGUGGGCCAGCUGCAUGGUUACGGCACUGAGCCUGGGCUGCACGUGUCUUUGGAGGAACAAUCUAGUAACGUUUACGGGCCUGAGUCGUCUCAGCAACACCUAACGGAUCUUUGCUUUCCUGCAACCUUGAAAAACCAAAAUGGUGACGUCACCAAAGCAACGGUCAUUAGCCCAGUCCCACAGCCUUCGGAAGUUUCGGAGGCAUGGCCCACAUUGUGCCCCGCUCAGGUGGCUGCGUGGUUCUUUGCUUCGCUGGCCGCGGUCGCUGAGUCCCUUUUCCCAGUCCCCAGUGCCCCACGCUUGGUCCACGCAGCUCGCCACGCAGGCUUCACCACCGUCCUGCUGGCUACGCCAGGGCCCCCGCGCCGCCUCUUGCUCUUCGACCUGGUCCCUGUGGUUUCUGUGGCCGGUUGGCCCGAGGGUGCUCGGAGCCAUUCGUGGGCCGGCCCGCUGGCCUCGGAGACUCCCUCCUUCUACCUGGUGCCUGGUGAAGGCACAGAGCGACCGGGCGCCUCUGGCUGGCAGCUCUGCUUCGCCCGCCAGGAGCUGGCGCUCAAGGCGCGCAUACCAGCUCCACUGCUGCAAGCGCACGCGGCAGCGCAGGCGUUGCUGCGACCGCUGGUGGCCGGGACACGAACCGCGGCGCCCUACCUCCUGCGGACGUUGCUCUACUGGGCUUGCGAGCGUCUGCCGGCGCUCUAUCUGGCGCGGCCCGAGAAUGCGGGCGCCUGCUGCCUCGGGCUGCUGGAUGAACUGGGUCGUGUGCUCGAGGCCGGGAUGCUGCCCCACUAUUUUCUGGGGGACAGAAAGCUCCGUGUGGGGGACGGCGCCGCUGCGUUGCUCGGGGCAUUGGCGCGGCUUCGCGGGGACCCUGCCGGGGUCUUGCGCGCGGCUGUAGAGGAGGCCAAGGCUGCGCGCAAGGGGGGCGGCUUAGCCGGCGUGGGAGGCGGGGCCCAUUAAAGACGCUGCUCCUA